AUGAACCCCAAAAUGAGCCCCAAAAUGAGCCCCAAAAUGAACCCCAAAAUGAGCCCCCAAAUGAACCACGAAGUAAGCCAGGGAAAGGGCGCCCCUCCGCGCAGGAACUGCAUUAACAUAUUCUUUCCUCAACAAGUGGAGUCGACCGAGACGAAGUUAAGGCACUACCUGUAUGGCGUCCGUACCCACGACACGUGCAUAGUGAUUCACAUCACGCACAAGCAGAAUGGCAGCUUUGCGAAGGGCCCCCGCGAAGGGGUCCACAUAGUGGGCGAGCUGAUCUUCGCUGAGGAUGUGGCGGACCUACAGAGAGCCAGCGCGUUAAAGGGGCAAAACAAAAUUGGCUAUAACUACCUGCACGUGGCUUACUAUGGAGGGAGACCCGUGCUCAUGAUGGGAGAAACAGAAGAGGUGAAAAAUCAGGACGCCCUAUUCAUCCUGUACAAUUUGAGCAAAUACGUCUACAUCAUUUCGGAUGACCAUGUGAGUAGGCUCGUUUGGGAGGCACUUAGGAGAGAUGGCUCGCUCGCAAAGAAGGGGGGUAAAAGGAAUGGCGGGGAGAAGUGCCCCCAUGGGGGGGACAUCGGAGGGGACAACAUCCCCUUUGAUGAUAUCUGCAGGGACAGCGAGAGGGACGCCCAGGAAAAGUCCCCUUCUGAUGGAAGCCAUCAGAGCCGGGGGGGGGAAGGCGACGCGGUAAACGUGGCGGAUACCCCAAACGAGGCAAAUACUCCCAACAAGGCAAACACCCCAAACGAGCGGAUCCUCAACAUGCACCAAAUAAUCACCCUGUUGAACAACCAAAACGCGUACGCAGAGAGGAUAGAAAAGGGCGGAGAGGCGAAAGACCCCCGCAGUGAGGAAGACGCCACCAACAACCGUAGCGAGCAAAACGUAAACUGCCCCCUUUCGGCCCUCUUCUUCUUAACCUACCUCGUCUCCUCAGUGAGCAUCUCAUUUUACUACCUCCUGUGUAUGUUAGGCAAAAUAAACGCGAGGCUUUUUUCGAGCAAUAUAAAAAACAGCCUCACCUUUUUCAAAGAGAGAUUGCACAUGCACUCGGAGUGGCAUCCCCUGUUGACUAGCCUAAUGAGAAGUAGACACAGCCCAGCGGAUUAUGCAAAAUACAGGGAGCUGCUCCUUAUUCGGUUGUGUAAUUUCGUUAUAGAUGUUCUGUUGGGCUUCCUCCUCUUCAUCAUGCUCUCUCACGAGUUAAUCGACGUUCGCCUCGCCCUCCAGAAGGCGGGCGUUUUGCACAACUCCGGCACGCUGACGUCCAUACUGGGGACCCUGCUGCAGAACCCCCUGGGGCUGAAGCUGAACAACAACUUCACCUCCUUCAUUGGGAGCAUAAUCGUCUCCAUCCUGGACAAGUGGGACUAUUUCAAAAACGUGCUUCCAUUGAAGAGCUCCUCGGUGGUGCACCUCCUAAAGCUGUCGUCCCUCUGCGGGGCCUCCUUUUUCCUCUCCUUCUUUAUGGACUACCUGAAGCUGAUCACAGCGCAUGUCACCUUAAUUUUCACCUUCCUGAGGAAAAUCCUCUCCAUUUUUCACAGCAACAUGUAUUCUCUGUACCUCCUGUUUAACGGGAAAAAAUGGAACAUUUUGAAACUGCGGGUGGACACAAAUUACUACACCAAUGAGGAGGUCAUUCUGGGCACCGUCCUCUUCACCAUUUUGAUUUUUUUGUACCCCACCGUCUUUGUGCUCUUUUUAGUUUUCGGGAUAAUUUACCUCCUCAUCAGCAGAAUUUUGUACUGCCUCUCCCUGUUGAAGGAAAUCAUUUUGUACGCCCCCUUUUACGUCCUCCUUCUGGGGGACUCCCAGAAUGGCUACAUCAGCAAGGGGAUACGGCUUACCCACAACGUGGAAUGCCCGGAGCUGCCCAAGUCGCACUACCUCCUGCUGGAAAACGCCAAAUUUGAAUUCCCCGACAAAAUAAAAUUAUUUGUGAAUAUUUUCUUCCACCGGGGGGGUGAAAAGUGA